GUGGAGGGAUGCUAAAACUAUUGAGGAUGGGUGAGUUGAUUGCUAGUCUAUAUAGGUUUCCAUUAAUGCUGAUCAGGUGGAAACCUGAUUGCUGAUUGUUGACUGCUGGUCGUAGUUACAAGGUGAUAAUGUAGAUCAGUGGUUCUCAACUCCAGUCCUCGGGCCCCCCUACCAGAACAUUUUAGAUGUCUCUAUAUAUAAAACACCUGAUUCAGUUCAUCAGCUUGUAAGUUUGUUAAUUAUGGAAAAGUUUCAAACAUUCUGGAAGGAGCCUACUGGGUGGAAUCAGGUGUUUCAUAUAAGGAGACAUCUCAAACAUUUUGGGAGGGAGGGCCCGAGGACUGGAGUUGAGAACCACUGAUGUAGAUUAUUUGAACGUGAAUCAUAUAGAAACCAUUUUGAACUCUGAAGCGCCAUCCACCAGGAAACUUUAUACAUUAAAAUAGAGGGUUUUCACUUUUUGGUGUAAUAAUAAUAAUAAUAAUAAUAAUAAUACGUUUUAUUUAUAUAGCGCCUUUCCAGAGCUCAAGGACGCUUUACAUAAAAAAAAUGUACAAGAUGACAAUGAUAAGGGACACUUAGUACAGGGUGGCAUAUAGAGACAAGUCCAAAAAUACAAAACAGAUAUUAAGAGACAUAACAUAACAUUCAGGGAGAUAGCAUUCAGAAAACAGGUGGGUUUUGAGUAAUGAUUUAAAUUCAGUUAUAUUAUUAACACUGCAGAGGGAGCGGGGAAGAGAAUUCCAAAGUUUGGCUGCAAAAGUAGAGAAAGAUCUGCACCCCAUUGAAGAAAGGCGAUACCGAGAGAUAACAAGAAGACUAGAGUCAGAGGAACGUAGUGAGCGAGUUGGGGUGUAGGGAACGAGCAUAUUGCAGAGAUAAGGGGGAGCCAAACCAUGCAAAGAUUUAAAGGUAAGCAGUAGGAUUUUGAAUUUAAUAUGAUAGACUACCGGAAGCCAGUGAAGAUCUUUCAAAAUUGGAGUGAUGUGAGCAGAACGCUUAGUGUGAGUGAGUAGUCUAGCAGCUGAGUUUUGGAUAUAUUGUAACCUGGAGAUGGAGCUGACAGGUAGACCAUUGAAAAGGGCAUUUGCAGUAAUCGAGACGUGACGAUACAAAUGCAUGGAUGACAGUUUCAGCGUCUUUAGUACUGAUGAUUGGGCGGAGUUGGGCAAUGCGACGGAUGUGUAGUGAUAGACAUAUAGAUCAAGUUAACUGCCCAGUGGCUUCAUUUCUGUAAUUUCUUCUUUCAUCAGGUCUUGCACCCUCUACUUUAAAGGUUUAUGUUGCGUCUAUUUCAGCCUUUCACGUACCUCUAUCUGAGGGCUCCUUAGGGAAGCACCCUCUGGCUUAACGUUUCCCUGCAUGGUGCUUUGAAGGUGAGGCCUCUAUUGUCUAGAGGUCUGGCCUGGGACUUGAUAGUAGUUUUAGUUAGCUCCCUUCAGUGCUUUAAGUGGGCCGGUACAUGCCGGUACUCAGUACCGUCACUACCAAAUAUAGCUCUUGAGCUUACCACCACCUCUCUGUGCAUCCAGAACGUGCUUUUAGCAUACCGGAACGCUCAUAAUCCUUUGGCUGCGCUGCCGCUUUUCAGAGCGCCCUUCACAAUGUACGGUUCCUAAUUCAUCCAACCGAGAGCAGAGACUACAUUACCCAUACACCCUUGAGUUUUACAAGUUAAAAGUCCAUGCGUCGUCGCUUUUGCUGCUGUCAGCGUCAUCAACUCAACGUGGUCUGGAGAGGUGUGUGUUUGUGUGUGAAACGCGCAACCAUAGCUGCUCGGUUAAAAUGAACAGUUAAAAUGCCCUCAUGGUUUUAGACUCUGAGUAGUAAAAGAACAAGGUCAGAAUCAGAGGACUCACUGGCUGACAUCCCACCAAGCCAGAAUGAUAUCGCUGCAGGUCAGACGCAAGCUUUUUCCAAAAGGUACGCGACAAUCUCUGCUAUCGCUCCUAUCAGUUUGGUUCCCCUUGACGCAACUUCGGAUUUCCUCAGGCGAUGUGCAGAGUAAAAACAUUAUUGAAAUUGUAAUAUACAUUUACUUUAAUUGUUAAACUACAAGUGAACGAAAUGUCAAUAAAAUGUAACGAUGUGCACAAUAGUUUUACCACCCGCAAAAUGGAAAACAAUGGGACAAAAUAAAAUAAUGACUUUAGAGUUUCAAAUGGCCAGUAUUUUGUUAUUCUUGAACCCAUAGACGUGGUCUUGGUGACAUUUUUUUCAAGCUCUAUCUGAACAACUAGUUUUAGCAUAUAAUCAUGUUGAAAAUUUUACUUGCAUAUCUUUUGCACAUUUUAUUAAUGUUCAGUAGCUAUUUCUAGCUCAAGCAAAUCCACAAACUUAUAAAAUAAUUUAUUAUUUUUUACAAGGUUGUCUGUUGACUGCUGUAUAUAAAACCCCUUCAAUUUAGGAGGAGUCGGGUCAGCAAAAAAUAAAAAAUAAUAGUGUACUGGCAGCUCUUUUGUGCCACUUAAAGCACUGGCUCCCUUCAAACCUUUACAGUCAGCUUUGGACAAAUAUGUAUCCCUUAAGCUGACGUUUUUGCUCCCCAUUGCCACUCUGAGGAGGGUAGGCAAUUUCCAGGUGGUUUCUGUCUCCCUACCAUGGAGUUUGCUCCAGGGAAUAAUAAAGCUGUCUUCAUCCGAGACCAGGUUAAGUUUAUAAGGUUCCUUACCAGCUAGGACCUUAGUUCUACAGGCCUUCCAUCCUCCUCCUCACAAGUCAGCAGACCAUAAAAUACUUCACCUGCUAUGUCCAGUUAGGGUUUUGCAGGAAUAUAUUAAUACGUCUUCUUCGUGGAUAAAAUCAGAUUCCAUUCUUAUAUCUAAGAAGUGCGCUUUACCCUCCCGUUGUGCUGUGUGUAUGAUUUUUGCUGAGUUAUGGUGAGUUAAUGAUAACGUGUAAAGUCAUUUAUUCAUCUCCUAAUAAAGGUCAUAAAAGGCGUCUAAGGCUUUCUAGAUAUUUAAUAAAUGUCACUUCAAAAUUUUUGCCAUUUAUGUUUUUUGUCUUUACUCUCUUCUUGUAGCUGUAUAACACAUUUCCAUGGCUUGGUCCAUUCCUGAAUAGCAAAAAGGCUAUGGUGAAAAAUGCACAAAAAAACAUAGAGUCAAUAACACAGUUGACCUCUGAGCUGUUAGAGACCCUGAAUCCACAGGACAGCAGAGGAUUUGUUGACUCCUUUCUCAUCCGAAAACAGAGCGACGAGAAAUCCAACAAGAAGGACUCACAUUUCCACCAGGACAAUCUUAUCAUCUCUGUGGUAAGUCUUUUCAUUGCUGGUACUGACACUACAGGAACAACAUUGCGCUGGGGUCUGAUGAUUAUGGCCAAAUACCCUCAUAUCCAAGAUCGAGUUCAAGAGGAGAUUGACAGAGUGAUCGGUGGACGUCAGCCAAUUGUGGACGACAGAAAAAAUUUACCUUACACAGAUGCUGUGAUCCAUGAAGUACAGAGACUGGCCAACAUAUUGCCCAUGAAUCUACCACACACGACCAGCUGUGAUGUGAACUUCAAUGGAUAUUUCAUUAAGAAGGGUACCACUGUAAUUCCUCUAUUGACGUCUGUAUUAAGGGAUGAGAGUGUUUGGGAGAAACCACACAGCUUUUAUCCAGAACACUUUCUUGAUGAGAAGGGCCAGUUUGUUAAGAACGACGCUUUCAUGCCCUUUUCUGCAGGCCGCAGGAUUUGUCUAGGAGAGAGUUUGGCCAGGAUGGAGCUCUUUCUGUUCUUCACCUCCCUUCUUCAGAUCUUCCACUUCACUCCUCCACCCGGAGUGUCUGGAGAUGAACUGGACCUCAAGGGAGUCGUUGGAAUCACAUUGAAUCCAUCACCACACAAACUGUGUGCCGUCAAACGUUCUUGAAUAUUGAUGUGCAUAGGGAUAAACAGAUUUUAGCACUAAUUUUACAAAACACACAAAAUGUAAAUAUGUAUUGUAAAUAAUGAAGGAAAUUAUUGCCCAACAAUGUGCAAUGCUACUUUUAUUGUAUCAUAAAGGUUGCUUUGAGUAGAUUCGUUUUAUAUUUGUUCAGAUAUUUUGAUAAAAUGCAGUUAUAAAAAUAAACAAUAAAAUGAUUAACUGCCUUUGGUAAAUUGUGUAACUGUGACACAAAUUGAAUAGGACACAUUGAAUUAAUUUAACACAAGACCUUCAAUGAUUUACACCUCAGCUAAUAAAUAGACUGACU